GUGGCUGACAUGCUAACUUCGUCCGUUACCUGUCACGUCGUUAUUAUAAGAUUCAGUCUGAGUGAAGCAGCAGAGUCUGUUUGUCUGGAUAAACUUGUUGAAGUGGACUGUGUAACUUUCGGGAUGUUUCAGCCCAGACUCAUCUCCUGUUUGCCGACAAUGCUAAAGGAAGUUAGCGUAGCUUGCUAGCAGGAAAUAGACGGAGCUCGGCCUCACGGUGCUAGUCGGAGUAGCUUCGACAGAGACCAAACUGUAUUUUUCACGGAGCCCAAAUGUCCAGAUAGAGCUGUGUGAAUAGACUCUGUGCUGUUCCCUUUAUUUGACGCUGUUUUCCAUCUGAACGAUCUGCUGCUGUCCGACGAAGCUAAUGAAGCUAACUUAGCCUGCUAGCUGGAAAUAGACGGAGCCGAGCGUCAUUUAAUCAUCAGAGAGAACAAAGAGUUUCUAACGGAGUGAGUCUGGAGGAAAAGCUGCUGUGAAUCAGUCAAAAUGUCUCAUAAACGACUGAAGCCUGAAGUCCGGGUGCACAGAGCAGACGUCCAGCUGCUGUUGGGGAGGAAAGAAGAGGAUCCUCCUGAGCAGCAGGACUGGAGAUCCAGUCUGGACCAGGAGGACCCAGCAGAGCCGCCUCACAUUAAAGAGGAACAGGAGGAGCUGUGGACCAGUCAGGAGGGAGAGCAGCUCGGAGGUCUGGAGGAGGCUGAUAUCACCAAGUUCACGUCCCCUCCUGUCCCUGUGAAGAGUGAAGAAGAGGAUGAAGAGGAACCUCAGUCCUCACAGCUUCAUCAGAGACAAACUGAACAGAUGAAAACAGAAUCUGAUGGAGAGGACUGUGGAGGACCAGAACCAGCCAGGACCUCAGAUCCAGAUAGACCUGACACUGAUGACAGGACAUCCCUGUCCUCUGAACCUGAGACUGAUGACAGUUGUGAUUGGGAGGAGACCAGAGAGCCUCAGUCAGGUUUAAACCCUCUACAGAAACACUAUGAAGUCCAAACAGGUGUGAAAUCAUUUAGUUGCUCAGUUUGUGGUAAAAAGUAUCCCGGGAAGAACUCCUUAAUUGAUCACAUGAAACUUCAUUCAGAGGGAAAACACUUCAGCUGCUCAGUUUGUGAAAAAACUUUCCAAAGGAGAGGAGAGGUUGUGAUGCACAUGAGGAUCCACACAGGAGAGAAACCCUUCAGUUGUUCAGUCUGUGGUCGACAAUUUGCACAAAGCUCAAAUUUGACGUCACACUUAAGAGUUCACACAGGAGAGAAACCUUUCAGCUGCUCAGUUUGUAAAGCCAGGUUUGGUGACAGAGGCACUUUGUCCAAUCACAUGAGGAUCCAUACAGGGGAGAAACCGUUUAGUUGUUCAGUCUGUGGUAAAGGAUUUGGAGAUAGGGGAAAUCUGAGGCGACACUUGACUGUCCACACGGGGGAGAAACCGUUUCGGUGUUCAGUUUGUGGUAAAACUUUCGCAAUUCAUGGAACUCUGAGACGACACCUGACUGUCCACACGGGGGAGAAACCGUUUCGGUGCUCAGUUUGUGGUAAAACUUUCGCAAUUCAUGGAACUCUGAGACGACACCUGAUUGUUCACACUGGGGAGAAACCGUUUAGUUGCAGCGUUUGUGAUAAAAGAUUCACUCGACUCACUUAUAUCAAAAAUCACAAGUGUGUCAGUGAGAGCAGUGGAGAUAAUUGAAGCUUCAGAGAUGUUUGUUGAACCAGUUUCUUCCAGCAGGACUGAAGCACCGAGGACAAGACGGCCCAACACUGAUCAGUGAUCAGACUGCGUUCAUGUACUCGGCUCAGAUGAAGCCACGUGAUCAUUUUCAUUCUGGUUUCAUUUGUGUCCACAUUGUUUUGUCCUUUCACAGUGACUGUGCUUUCUGGUGUGUCAGAUAUUCAUUGAUUUGUGACUGAAAGUAAGUCAUUAUGCAGCACUAUGAUCAACAUUUGUCAUCUUAAAAUGUGAUUAAUCAGUUCAAUGACUGGAUUUACCUUCUAAUAUCACAGAACUUCAAAUUGAAUGGACUGUCCCCUCCUGCUCAUUAUGUGGAAAUAUGAAUAGUCGAUUCUUUCA